GCCCUCCGCGUUGCUAUGGCGCCGCCCGAACACUUGCCGAGGCGGAAGUGCGGCGGGUGCUUGGUGACGUCACGCGCUUCCGGCGGAAGCGGGAAGUGGUGCCUCCACCGCCGGAGCCGCCGGGAUUCCAGAAAUCCCCGAAUUGGGCCCCGAACCGCCCCCGAGCCGCCCGGGCCCCGCCGGCAGCCGCCCAUGAGCGGCGGGCGCUGGCGGCGGUCCGCGGAGAUGGUGCAGCCGGGGCCCGAGGCGGAGCCGGCGCUGGCGGAGGCGCUGCAGCGGCUGCGGGCGGAGAACCGCGAGCUGAGGGGAGCGCUGUGUCACUGCACCGAGUCGCUGCGGCAGCGCCUGGAAGAGCUGCGGAAGCUGCAGCUGCAGCGCCGGGGGGAGCGGGAGCUGCUGCGGGGCCGCUGGGGACAGGCGCGGGAGCUGGUGCUGCAGCUGCGGGGACAGCGCGGGGACAGCGGGGACAGCAAUGGGGACAGCGGAUACACCCCUGGGGACAGCAGGGACACACCUGGAGACACUAGGGACACUCCCGAGGACAUCAGAGACACCCCUGGGGACAUCAAGGACACCAACAACACCCUCGGGAACACCAAGAACACCCUCGGGGACAUCAGGGACUCCCUCAGGGACACACUCAGGGACACUGGAGACACCUCCAGUGACACCCCUGACACCAGCAGCAAGCCCCUCGAGGCCCCCCCUCGCUCGGUGUCUACCCCCCUAGAGGAUGUCCCUGCUGUCCCGGCGCCCCCCCAGGCCCCCCCCGGUGCACCCCCGGAGCCCAGCUCCGAGGAGCAGCUGAGGCAGCGCCUGGUAGAGGCUGAGGCUGAGCUGGUGGCACUGCGGGCGCGCGUGGCUGUGGCCGAGCUCCAGGCUCAGGACGUUUCCCGUGCGGCCGAACUGCAGCUGCAGGGGCUGCGCCGCCAGCUGGAGCAGGACAAGGCACAGGUGCAGGCGCAGGUGACGUCGCUGCUGGGGGAGCUGCGUGAGAGCCAGAACCGGCUGGAGCGGAGCCGGGCGGAGCGAGAGCACCUGGAGCGCAGGGCCCGCAGUGAUGCCGAGCGCUGCCAGCAGCUGGAGGAGGUGACCCAGGGCCACCAGGUGCAGCUGGACCAGCUGCGGCUGCAGGUGACAAACCUGGAAACUGCCCUGAGGGUGGAGCGGCGCGGGGCCACCGAAGAGAAGCGGAAGCUGGUGCAGCUGCAGGCCGCAUACCAUCACCUGUUCCAGGAGUACGAUGCUCACAUCAAGGCCAGCCUGGAGGGGGACAAACGGAGCCAGGUGACAGAGGAGCAGCUUCGUGCAGCUGAAGCCGCUCUGGCUCUCAAGCAGGAGCUCAUCGAUCGCCUCAAGGCCGAGGCCGAGCGCCAGCGGGCGGCACUGGAGACCAUCCCGGUGCUGCAGGCCCAGGCCGACAUUUACCGGGCGGAUUUCGAGGCGGAGCGCGCGGCGCGGGAGCAGCUGCACGGGCAGCGGGAGGCGCUGCAGGAGGAGCUGAACCAGCUGCGGCUGCGGCUGGGUGGGGACGGGGCCCGGGCCCGUCUGGAGGAGAUGCGGAACCGGCACUCAGAGCCGCCCCCGGCCCCAGCCCUGGCGGGGGGUUUUGGGGUGCUCCUGCCGCCCCCCGAAGAGGGGCCCGACCUGUGCUGCCCCAAAUGCCAGUACAAGGCUCCGGAUAUGGACACGCUGCAGAUCCACGUCAUGGACUGCAUCAAGUGAGGGGGGGGCCCCAAACCCCCCCCCCAGCACCCCAAAAACACCCCCGGGGGUCCCCAAAACCCCCUGGGAGCCUCAGCCCUGAGGGAACUCCAAAAUAUCCUCCAAACCCCCAGAUAUUCCUUCGGGAAUCUCUUCACUGCAUCCACAUCAUGGACUGGGUCAGGUGUGGGGGGAGCACCCCAAAAUCACCCCAGGACCCCCAAGGACACCCCAGCAGCUUCAGCCUGGGGGUUUGAGGUUCGGAAACCCCAAAAUCCCCCAAAAUUAUUCUGGGAAUCUCCUCACUGGAUGCACGUAAGAGAUUGAAUCAGAUGUGGGGGGGGCACCCCCAAAGCCCCCCAGGAACGCCAAAACCCCCCUAGACCCCCCCCAAAAACCCCACAGGGAGGCCCCUCACUCUCCUAAAUCCUUCAGACUCCCCCCCCCCUCCCCAAAAGGAGGGGUUUUAGGGUCCCCCCCUUCAAUAAAUGCUCUCCAAAUGUG